UGCUCAUAGAGUAAUAAAGGAACGUUUGCCAGCUGUCAUGGUGCACACAGAUUCUUGAUAAGUGAAGUGAGAGCUUACUUUCUGACAAAACACUUAAUAACAUAAAACAGGAUCCUUAGAAAGUGAGUACAUAAUGCAGAUGAACACCUGAGUGCUGAAGAAGUCCUGAAGUUUUGUUUCAAUUCUUGCUGUCAUGACGUCAAUGAGAAGCUUCACUUUUCUGAUCAUCUGUUUGCCUAUAUUGAUGUCACUGUGUCCUCUAAAUUCAGCAGCCAACUCUGCCAGCACCAGUCUGUGGGGAAAGAAGUUGGCGUUUAAUGGGCCUCCAUGUUUGUGGCAGCUCCACCCGGAAGUGAGGGUUCCAGCUCUGACGGAUUUGAGCGUCUGCAUUUGUUUAAAACGCAUCAGUUCAGCACAAUGGACAGGCUUUCUUUAUAGAUCUACAGAACGGAAAGAGCUGGGACUUGAAGGCAACAAUUCACAUUUAAAAAUUUGGCUUUUUGGAAAACAAUACCAAAUAGAUCAGGACCUCUCAUUAAGGAAAUGGCAUUCCAUCUGUCUCACAUGGUCUGGUAAAAACCAGAAGCUGACGGUGUACUUAAAUGGAUCUACUGUAAAAAAUAAACUUUUUUAUUCAGAUGAUGCACACCAACAGCUGGCACCAAAUGGCACUCUCACUCUGGGGGUUUCUCAUAGUGUUCUCCCUAAUGGUGCACUGAAGCCGGAGAGCGGUAACAACUUGCUAGGUGAGAUAGGUUUGUUCAGGAUGUGGGGGAAGGAGUGGAGCGCUGAGGAGGUGAGCAGCCUGGGUUGUGCAGACGGAGAUGUGGUGAGCUGGGAUCUGCGGCAGUGGAAGAAUGACUGUCCUCCUGUCCCCGACAACAACCUAACCUGUGGCUGGUCUAAUUACAAAAUCAACAUGUGGGUGACAGUAACCAACCUCAAAAGUCCUGAAAACUGCUCACUGGCUCUGGAGGGAAUCACAAGAAACUGGCUUGUGAACAUUUUCCCCAACAACAUUUCUGUCCAAGACAUUUACGUUUCAUCUCAAAGCCCAACAUGCGAAGUGCACCUAGACGAGGAUUUGCCAAAACAGUCUAACCGAGUCUGUAAGAAAUGUUUCGGCUGUGAGGUGUAUGUGAGCGUGGAUCCUGCUGCAAACGUCAAAACAGUUCAGACUGGACAUUUCUGCCCUGCUGAGUACGAACUUCUCUUUCAACUUCCUCACCAUAGAAGCUGUCCAUGACAGCAUCGCCGUACUUCCUGCUGUGAUUUCCCCUCAUGUGACAAGACCACCACCAACUAUUACGCCUUCAUUAACCACCUCACCAUGGACACAAAAAUUCACAACCUCAG